AUGGCGACUUCUCCAAAUGCAAAUGAGAUUGUCACAAGACUAUUGAGAGGGUCUGAAAAAGCAACGCUUGUUAUUGAUACUCGACCGCGAACAGCUCGUGACGGCGCGUCAUUGCAAACAACGCAAGAACCUGGCUCGACAUACAUACGAAAGACGCGGAGAGUAAUUGCGGUCGUAUCACACGACUCUAAUGGAGCACUAUAUGGAGGGCUGUUCAUAUUUAAAUGGAGCGGCGACGCCCUCGUCCUUGUCGAUACCUUUGCAUUAUCUGCCAGCUUUGAGAUUCAUGUCUCCCAAGUGACGUCUUCAACUAGCCCAACGAGCACCAACGCCCCGCUGAAGAGUUCGGUCGCUCAUUGUCUUGUAAACAUACUUUCCGACGGCAGAGAGUUCGCAUUCGUUUGCCAAGAAGAUCAGGCAGUGGCGUUGGAGCGCGAAUGUAGAAAGCUCCAGAGCCUAACUAUGACCAGCGAAAUGAGGGCAGAAUCAACUCAAAGCUGGCUCGCCGCGUAUUCUCCUCCUAUUGAGGAUCAGAGGAACCUCAGACAUUUAGUCGACGACCUCGCACUCUCUACCGCUUUUGCUGGUAGCCCUGGAGACGAGGAUGGAGACGCUAUCUUGAUUCGUGAUCAUUGGAUUCAGCAGCAAAUCCUCGCAUCCAGGGAUGCAUUCUCCUCCCCGCAUAAGCUACGACUACGAGUUGGAACAUUUAAUGUCAAUGGACGAUUACCGGAUGCGUCGAUCAAGUCUUGGGUGCAACACAUGGGCCCUUCAGCUGACAGGCGAAAACCCGGCAUUCUUGAUAGCCCUGAUAUGCUCAUAUUUGGAUUUCAAGAGCUGGACCUCAGUACAAGUGCUUUAAUCUACAGUACGUCUACUCUGCUCGAGGAUACAUGGACGUCAGCCAUUAUGAAUUGCUUGGAAGAUACUGGAGGAUCUUAUGUCAAGUUCGCGUCGUGUCAACUGGUAGGAAUGUUAAUACUCGCCUUCGUUCGAAAGGGGCAACGACCAUACAUCUCGGAGAUUUCAACUACAUAUCUUGGGGUAGGAAUAAUGGGCUUGAUGGGAAACAAGGGUGGGGUCGGUUUACGAUUCCGCUUCCGAAACACAGUCAUCACCGUUGUGGCAUCACAUCUCGCAGCUCAUGACGGAAUGAUGCAAAAGCGCAAUGAAGACCACCGCGAGAUCUGUAAUCGUAUGCACUUCCCCUUGCGGGCUGCGACGCCCGCGGAAGCCGCGGAGCCACUUAGACCAGUCUCUUCCUCAAUAUUCGAGAGUGAUGUUCUUAUCUGGAUGGUGAAUUGCUUACUUUAUCUCGACAAUUCUGACCGAGCCUAUCUCAACUAUCGUAUUGAACUACCGUUUGAAGACGUUAUGGAGCAAAUAGUCGAAUCUGUGGCCCCGCGAGACCUUGUAGAACUCCUUCAGUUCGACGAACUAAAUGUCUCAAAGAGACACAAGCUAGCAUUCAACUCUUUCAAAGAAAUGCCGAUUACUUUUCCGCCGACUUAUCGAUACCUACUAAAUGGGACUACUAUUGACUCAAAGAGACGUCCAGCGUGGACAGACCGAAUCCUUUCCCUUGCUCAUCCAGAAUCGUCCCUCCAACAAACCAAAUACGAGUCUCAUCCAAACACUCUCCUCAGCGACCACAAGCCUGUCUCAGCCGAUUUUGAUCUUGAGACAAGAUCUGUGGAUCCGGAACUUCAAAGGAGCUCCAUUGCCACUAUCCUGUCCAGUAUGAGCCGCCUGCCAACACAGGCGAAUUCGGCCCCGAGGCUAUCUCUGAGUAGCAAGGUUGUAGAAUUUGGGAACCUUAGGUAUCUUGAAACUUCGACCCAGUUCGUGGAGAUCCUCAAUAAGAGCGACCGACCUUGCGCUUAUCGAAUCAUUUCACCUAUUGAGGGCGGGUUAAUAGCACCCCAUUGGCUAAAAAUAAGCCCUAUAUAUGGAAUCAUAGCCCCGCACCAGUCCAUCACUUUAACCCUCACAGCGUUCAUCGAUACAUCCGCUGCUACAGAACUCAACGUGGGUUCCGGGGAGCUCGACACAACAAUCGUUCUGCAUGUCGAGCAUGGCGUGGACUACUUCCUCGCGGUAAACGGCAGGUUCUUGCAUACGUGCUUUGCCAGGAGCUUGGAAUCGCUCGCCUGUUUGCCUCAAUCCGCGCGAUACACCGCCGGAUUCUCAAAAGCAAACGAGACGCGGCCUUCUACCAUUCCAAAGGAGCUGAUGAGGGUUAUAGACUGGCUUAUGAGUCAUCCGAUUGAGGAUAGAAGCAAUGAGCUCUUUGCGACGUCGUCGGAUCUAGAGUUAUUAUCUUUAAUCCGCGAGGCAAAUACGGAAGAUCCAUUUCCCUUUGAGGACGAAACUCGAUGGUCAUCGGUUGACAUCACACUGGCAUUUGCGGAAGUCCUGGUACUUUUCUUUGCGGCAUUGCCAAAUGGCAUGGUACCAUCCUCGGCCUAUCCUAUCAUUACCGGGGCUGCGGAAGAGGAUGAUUCCGAGCUAUUAGAGCAUCUCUCACCAGUAUCUGUUAAUGUCUGGGUAACUCUUUUCGCGUUUCUUCAGUUUGCGUGCUUGCAGACAUCGCGCCAAGAAGUCGAAGCGAAGAGAAUCGGUGAAUGUCGUCCGUUAUGA